UUUGAACGUUCUGCUUGAUGCGGUCAGAAGGUUACUGCUAAUAACUUGUCGGUAAAGUUCGCCUUACGUCUAAUAAAGUAAUUAAAUUAUAGUUAACUAUCCAUGUCCGCUCGCGACCUAGAUAAAUGUCCAUAUUAUGCUCCUUUUUUCGGUGUAUUAGGAGCCACAUCAGCUAUGGUUUUCACGGCCUUUGGAGCUGCCUACGGUACCGCAAAAAGUGGCACAGGAAUUUCUGCUAUAUCUGUGAUGAAGCCAGAUUUAAUAAUGAAGUCGAUUAUACCUGUAGUGAUGGCCGGUAUUAUUGCCAUUUACGGGUUAGUCGUGGCAGUAAUUAUUAGCAGCAACAUGAAAGGAGACAGCUAUACUUUAUAUAAAUCUUUUAGAGAUUUAGGCGCUGGUGUGGCUGUCGGCUUGUCCGGUUUAGCUGCCGGUUUUGCAAUUGGCGUGGUUGGUGAUAGUGGUGUUAGAGGGAACGCACAGCAGCCUCGAUUGUUUGUAGGCAUGAUUUUAAUCUUGAUCUUUGCAGAAGUUCUGGGUCUAUACGGGAUGAUCGUCGCUCUUAUAUUAUAUACAUCCCCCACAGAAUCUUGUUUAAAAUAAAUCUCUCCAAAUCUCAU